AUGAGAUCGUCCACAGUCGCCUCAGUCCUUGUCCUCAUGUUCUCCCCAAUUGCUCUCGCCCAAUCGACUGUCUCCGUGAUAUGGAACUCGGACUACGACACUUCCUCUACAGGGAUGAACACCACAACAUGCGCUACCGUCCUCGACCAAUCCUACCCCACCUUCGGUGCGGUGCCGACGUUCCCUUACCUCGCGGGAGCAUCCUUCGUGACCGACUCGAAUACGACGGGAUGCGGGACUUGCUGGAGCUUGGUUAGUGAUGUGGGAAGAACCACCGUCGUAGUCAUUAAUGGGGCAGCGGACGGAUUCGUCAUUACCGAAGAGGCGGCAAACGACCUGACGGGCCACCACCAGUUCCUGUGGUAUAAUGUUCAGGCGAACGCUACGCAACUGGAUGCGUCUGUGUGCGGUCUCUAA